AGUAGCACUGGUACUUGCCAAGAGGCUCCGAACGAGCUUCAAAACCCUCCAUUUCUCUUGAUUGAGGCUCACACACUAGAUACACUCAAAAAACACGCACUCGCGUUGUUCUCUUUCUUCAUGGAAGACGAUGAUGAGUUCGGAGAUCUCUAUACUGAUGACGUCUUAAAGCCUCUAACGACGUCGUUUCAAUCUCAACCUCAGCAGCAGCAGCAGCAGCCACCUGCUCCGCCUCCUCCUCAGUUCCAGCUUGAAAAUAAAGAAUCAUCCAAACCGACGGCGUAUCAAGGCCGUCCGAUCGAUCUAAACGUCAAUAGCGAUAAGGAUGAUGAUGACGACGAUGAUGAUGAGGAUAAAUUUUUCCGAGCUGCGAAUUCCAGUUCCACUGGAAAGAUUCAAACCCUAGCCUCGUCGCAAACCGGAUUCUAUUCUCGUCCUGACCCGACGAAUUUUGAUUUGAAUAAGAUUUCCGGUCAAGUGGAGGGGAGCUCGGGGGGUUUAGCUGGGGCUGGAUCGGAUUCGCAAGCUAGGGUUUUGGGGACGAAGGAAGGAGAUGCGAAAUUGCCGGAAAGGGCGGGGAGUUCCGGCUUAGGUGACGACGCUGAUAUUGACGUCAUGGUUGAAGAGAGGGACGAAAAAGACGACAAUUUCGUUGUUAAAGGUGGAAAUUUGACGGAUAGAAGUGGAAAUGUUGAGAAUUUUGGCACGGGAGACCCGAUGAUUCCGGGGCUGUCGAUUCCCGGAGUUUCUGGCAGAGUAGAAAGCCGUGCCAACGCUAAUUAUGAUGAUGAUUGGGAUAGUGAUAGCGAGGAUGACUUGCAAAUCGUGUUGAAUGAUACUAAUCAUGGGCCGAUGGGGAUGGAGAGGAUGGGAGGAGGAGGAGGAGGUAUGGGGGAUGAAGAUGACGACGAUGAGGAUGACGAAGAUGGGGAGCCAUUGGUGAUUGUUGCAGACAAUGAUGACCCGAGCCAUCAGCCAAUGAUGAUGGAAGAGCAAGAUUGGGGAGGGGAGGAAGUGGGAGCUGGUGGCGAUGGGGAGAAAAAGGAAUUAGGUGAAGCUGCAAAAAUAAAUGGGGCAGGAGGUGGAGCUGUGGCGGCACAGAAGAUUGGGUAUAGCGGUCACGGGUAUCAUCAUCCGUUCCAUUCACAGUUCAAGUAUGUGAGACCUGGUGCGUCACCAAUGCCUGGAGCAGCUGCUAUGGGUCCCGGGGGCACUUCAGGUCAAGUUCGUCCACCUGUGAGCAUGGUUCCUGGUGCUGGACGUGGCAGAGGUGAUUGGCGGCAGAAAGGUUUUCAUCCAGGCUAUGGAAUGCCUAUUUGGGGAAGUGGGGCUUCAGGACGUGGAUUGGAGUUUACACUUCCAUCACAUAAGACCAUAUUUGAAGUUGACAUUGAUGGUUUUGAGGAAAAACCAUGGAGACAUGCUGGUGUGGAUAUAACAGAUUUUUUCAACUUUGGAUUGAACGAGGAAAGUUGGAAAGAUUAUUGCAAACAGCUCGAGCAACUCCGUCUUGAAACAACAAUGCAAAGCAAAAUUCGUGUUUAUGAAAGUGGGAGAACAGAACAGGAGUAUGAUCCAGAUCUUCCACCUGAGCUUGCAGCAGCUGCUGGUAUUCAAGAUACUACAUCUGAAAGCUUGAAAGUUGGGAAGCCAGAUGCUGUUCAAAAUGACUUAGGCAGUACUGCUCGUGUGCGACCACCCUUGCCAACUGGAAGAGCAAUACAAGUGGAAACUGGUUAUGGUGAACGUCUGCCGUCUAUUGACACUAGAAAACCGCGGAUUAGUGAUUUAGAUGUAAUUAUUGAGAUUGUGUGUCAAGACCCUGCUGAUGAUGAUACCAACACUGGAAAUGAGAUGACAGAGCAAGCUGACAAUGAUCCUUCGAGGGAGGAUCUUAGGGAUGGUGAUGAGUUUGAAGACCUUCCCAAAGAAGAUACUGAAGAUGUGGAUCGUGUUCCACAUGCUCACAGCAGUCGCAGGAGGGAAGUUGUGGGCGGAAGAGUGCCAAUUUCGAAAUCUGUUCACGAUAACUUGGCUAAAGGAAAUGGCGAUUUGCCUCUCUCUUCGGAAGCACCGUCAGCAUCCCAUCCUGACUCAGAGAACAGACACCUGUUUGUCCUGGUAGAGAUUUUGCUCAUGAGGAGAGAACGAAUAACUGAUAAUAAAGAAUCUUCAGUUGAAAGUUUAGAAGGCAAACAUAGUCUUCCAUCAUCUCCUUUAGCUGUUCGAGGUGCUAGUGAACAAAAUAGUGAACCUAAAGAUGCUAUGAAUGAUGAAGUUGCCCUGACUGAGAUAGGCUCUGACAUGAUUGACAAGGAUGCGUCUUUGAAUGCUAAAACAAGUAGUGAUUCACUUACAGAUGAAACAGGGAACCAUGCUUUGAAAAAACAGAAAGUGAGUUCAAAUGAUGAACAGCAUCUGCCUCAAGAAAUUGAUGAGGAUGAAGACUCAAAAGCUGCAAGAAGUAGUGAAAAUAGUAAAGCAAAAUCAGGAAGUAGCAAUUACCGGAAGCUACGGGACAGUGUUGAAGAAGAAGAGGUUCAAGGAGCGCGCUCAAAACACAUGGGUAAUCUUAAAAGGUCAACUGUGGGCAGCGAGGACAGUGUCCGAAGGAAACUUCGUGAUGAUAGACAAGAAAAUGAUAGACACCGCACCUCAGUGAAAGGGAGGGAAGAUUUAUAUCAGCACAAAGGGUUGGAUCCUUAUUCUGCACAUCCUUCUCGAGGGAAAUCUGUGAAUAUAGACCUGCGAAAGGAUAUGGAUAGUAUUGAGGGAGCCCGUCAUCGCAGAGAAGAAGAUUUGCAUGGGAGGAGACCUAGAGCUGAAGACACAAGAAAAAGGGAGCAUAGGGAUGAGACUGAUUCUAGACACCGCAGUAAGGUUCGAGAAAUUGAAAGAAUGAAAAAAGAUGAACAUUAUCAACUGAGAAAACAAUUGGAUAAUGGGAAUUGGAAAGGCGGUUAUGAUAAAGAUGUGGGAUUGAGGCACAGAGACAGGGAGGAUAAUGUGAAAAGUCGAAAUGAAAUAAUAGAUGACCUUCACAACAAGAGAAGGAAAGACGAUGCACAGUUAAGGAGGGAGCAUGCUGAAAAGGAAGAAAUGUUGCAUGCUCAGCGAGAAAGUAGCAGUCGUAGAAAGAGAGAAAGGGAUGAUGUGUUAGAUCACCGGAGGAGGGAUGACCAAGUAAGAAUGAGAGAUGAUGAUCAACAUGGUGUUAGGUACAAAGAAGAGGGAUUGUUUCAGAGGGAAAGGGGCGAGAGGCAACGAGAGCGAGAGGAAUGGCAUAGGCUUAAACAAUUGAAUGAGGAUAUUCCAUCAAAGAAGGAGAAAGAAGACUUGCGGGUUGGAAUGAGGAGUGGGCGAGCUACUGAAGAGAAAACAUGGGGCAGUCAAUCUAGAGGCAAAGAUGACCGCAGAAGUUCUGAUAAGGAGUACCAUUCAAAGGAUGCAUUGCGGCAGAGUGAGUUAAUCAGCAGGAGGGAUCGAGCUGAAAAUGAGAGUCUUUCACAGCAUAGGGGUGUGAGGAGAGCAAGGCAUGAGAGGAUGAACACUCGUGAUGAUCGGGCUGCCAAUGUUGAGAACUACAAGGUGCAUGAGAGAAAACACAGAGAAUCCAAGAAGGGUAAGGAAACUGAGAGUGUUGAUCGGAAUUCUUGGCCCGUUCUAGAGAAUCAAGAUGAAAUCAGUGCGCAGACAAGCGACAUGGUGAGAUUCAAAGGCAGAAUUGAGCAGGGAAAAAGUGAAAAUGAGAUCCAUGUGAAUAUUCCGCCAUCUAAAAAGCAUAGGGAAGAGGCUUCAUCAGAUGAUGAAGUGUCGGAAUCCAGGAGGGGACGCUCCAAACUAGAACGCUGGACCAGCCAUAAGGAAAGGGAUUUCAGUAUCAGCAGCAAGGCUUCAUCUUCCGUGAAGAUGAAGCAGCCUGAGGCAUACGGUAGUGGCGGGCCUUCCAUUGGCAGCAAACUUCAUGAUGAAGCUUCUAACCCAGUGGAGGAUAAGCAACACCCCUCAGGUAAUGAGAAAGAUGCUGCCAGUUUGGAGACGAAUAACACUGAUAAGAAGCCCAUAGAGGAUAGACACUUGGACACUGUGGAAAAACUAAAGAAGCGUGAACGUUUCAAACUUCCAAUGCCGAGUGAGAAAGAAGCCACAACAGUCAAAAAGGUGGAAAAUGAAGCUUUGUUGUCUGCCCAAAGUGAAAGUCGUGCAGAUUUUGAAGUUAAAGCAGAGCGUCCAGCUCGUAAAAGGAGGUGGACCGGCAAUUAAUUGCGAGAAGACAUUGAUUUUAGGUGGAUAAAGCAGUUCACUUCGUGGAGCAAAUAUCUCAUUGGCUAUCAUAUUUUUAAAUUUGGCACCCUCGUGGAGAUGUCCUUGAUAUGUGAUUUGAGUACCUCUUUGAUUCAGAGUUCUGUACCUUUCAGCAUAGAGGAUACGACCUUGUGAUGUGCUGCAGGCAGCCAUCUAUUUCAGUUCUAAACUUUCUGUUAUUGUCAUCUGAAGUAUAUGUAUAUACUGAUAAAUGUUGACAUCAUACCUCAGCAAGCUGGGUAAUAGAAAGUUUGAUAGUGUUUGUAGUUAGUGUA